GGUUACCUCGGCUGCGCAAGUCCGGGCAAAUGCUUCGUCACUCGAGACGCUGUGCCUUGUUGGCUGGCUGCUUGCACAUCGCUUCCCCCUUGAGAGGGACCUUCUCGCUCAGGUAAUAAGAAUAAGCUCCAGUCCGUUUAUCUCUCCUCGUUCCCUGCUGGCGUCUGGGGACCCCACAAUUUGCCUUCAUAGCUAUCCGCCCGUCCACAGCGGAGCAAGGACAGUACACGAACCACUCCGCUGUUACCUCCUCCUAGUAUAAAGACCCUCUCUCCGUCCUAGUCGUCUUCGAGGCCGUCCGUGAUCGAGACCGUUUGUGAUUUCUCUUUGACCAGAAACCGAUUUAUAUUUAUCCUUUUCACCGAAAAGAUGAGGUCAUUCACAAGAGCGUUGCGCCCCGCGGUGCGGAGAAGCAUGGCCGCAGCAUCAACGCCCAGGACAUGCAUUGCGCGGCCACCGACCGCCAUUUCCCUUAUUCAGUCCGCCCGCCCUCUUUCCACCACGAUGCCGCUCCGAGAUCCUAACCUGACAGACGUGUCGCCGACUCCCAUCACGCACUUCUCUGAGGUUGAGACGGCCAUGGCUGAGGCAGUACAGAAGUUCGCCAGCGAUGUUAUUCUUCCCAAGGUCCGCGACAUGGACGAGGCCGAGACAAUGGACCCGAGCGUCGUGGAGCAGCUGUUCGAGCAAGGCCUGAUGGGUGUCGAGAUCCCUGAGGAAUACGGUGGCGCCGGCAUGAACUUCACGGCCGCCAUUGUGGGAAUUGAGGAGUUGGCGCGUGUCGACCCGUCCGUGUCCGUCAUGGUCGACGUGCACAACACCCUCGUCAAUACGGCCGUCAUCAAGUGGGGCAGCACAGCACUCAAGAAGAAGUACUUGCCCAGGCUGGCCACCAGCACCGUCGGCUCCUUCUGUCUCUCGGAGCCCGUCAGCGGGUCUGACGCCUUCGCGCUGGCUACGCGGGCCACGGAGACAGAGCACGGCUUCCGCAUCAGCGGCAGCAAGAUGUGGAUUACCAACAGCAUGGAGGCCGAGUUCUUCAUCGUGUUUGCCAACCUGGAGCCGAAGAAGGGAUACAGGGGCAUCACCGCCUUCAUCGUCGACAAGGGCAUGAAGGGGUUCGAGAUUGCCAAGAAGGAGAAGAAGCUGGGGAUCAAGGCGAGCAGCACGUGCGUGCUCAACUUUGACGACGUCGAGGUGCCCAAGGAGAACCUGCUCGGAGAGAAGGGCCACGGCUAUAAGUACGCCAUCGCGCUGCUGAACGAGGGCCGCAUCGGCAUCGCCGCGCAGAUGACGGGCCUCGCGCUGGGCGCCUGGGAGAACGCGGUCAAGUACGUGUGGAACGACCGCAAGCAGUUCGGCCAGCUGGUCGGCGAGUUCCAGGGCAUGCAGCACCAGAUCGCGCAGUCGUACACCGAGAUCGCCGCCGCCCGCGCGCUCGUCUACAACGCCGCACGUAGGAAGGAGGCCGGCGAGGACUUUGUCCGCGACGCCGCCAUGGCCAAGCUGUUCGCGUCGCAGAUCGCUGGCCGCGUCAGCGGCCUCGCCAUCGAGUGGAUGGGCGGCAUGGGCUUCGUCCGCGAGGGCCUGGCGGAGAAGUUCUGGCGCGACAGUAAGAUUGGCGCCAUCUACGAGGGCACAAGCAACAUCCAGCUCAACACGAUUGCGAAACUCCUUCAAAAGGAGUAUACCGUGUAAUCUAGAAUUCUGAUAUUGUUAUAGCAACGCAUUCGGAGUUUGUUGCAAAGCGGUGUCUUGCUUAUUUCGGCUGCUUUGGUACGGAGCCUUUCCGCGGCAUGUACCUAUAAAAUUAGAAAUCUGUAUCACCUCUAAACAUCCCUUGGCACUGUAAAUUUUGACAAGCACGCAAUGUGUAGACGAU